AUUACACGGGACUUUUCGAUAUUUCAUUUACACCUAUAAUGUUUCAGUUAAGCAUAUUUUCAUCACCUGGUAGAUUGAAGUUGGGUCAAAGAGACUAAGGGCCCGUUUACUUUGGACUUAAUGAGCUGAAUGGAAACAGUGACUUAAUCAUUCAGUUAUAUACUUGUGUUUAUUUAUGACUUAAUGUAAUGUAGGACUUAUUGGCUCAGUCAAUUUACGUCUUACUCGUUCAGACGUAAGACGCGCCUGCCUUUGCGGAAUGCCUUCUUUAACCCUAUCAUCUCCUUCCAAAUAUUUCAUCGCACACAACAACAAAGAAGAACCUGCGGAAAUCGUCUACCUGAGCAUCCUGUGAGCUUUUACCAUACCAACUAAGAACAACCUCAAAGCCUAACUUUUUCAUCUCGGUAUGGAACAUGCCAUGAUGCUGGUGAAUCAGAAAGGAAUGUGGUGAAUACAAAGGAAUGUGGUGAAUGUUUGUUUUGGUGAACAUAAUUAAUUAUAAAGUCUAAAAUUGAGGAUGACUUUUUCAAUGAAUGGGAUGAUAAUAUAAUCAACAAUAAAGUACAAGAGGAAGAUGAAGAUAUUUGAGAAUUUGUGGGAGGAAAUUGGAGCACAAGAGGAAGGUGAAGUACUUGGAGCACAAUGGGGUACACAAAGUCUACAAUAUAUGGCGAAUUUGUGGGAGGAAAUUGCUAAUAGAAUAGGAGGAAAUGUUUAAAUUCAAAAUGUUGUUCUCGUAAAAUGCUUGACUUUUUCUUAUUGUCUAAUGUGACUCUUUUAUUUAAAUAAUUCAUACUGUAUAUUAUUAUUUUAUGCAUAUAAAAUUAUCGUUUAGAACAAGAAAAGUAAACAGACAAUAUACAUUCAGCUCUUGUUCUAGACAGGAGGGUUAUUUGGUUAUUUGAUAAUAUUCAGACAUCUCAUUCAGCUCACAUAGUAAACAGUUUGUUAUCUUAGUGUCACUUAAUCCAGACAGACAACUUAAUGCAGACAGACGUCUUAAUCCAUUCAGGACUUAAUGAAAAAAAGUAAACAACCCCUAAGUGAUUUAUUCAAGCUUAUCUUCUUGUAAUCAUCAGUUGGCAAUUGGCAUAUAUGGAAGAUAUAUUCAUCUUAUACAUGUGCAAAUCAAGUGAUACCGUAUGUUGAAUACACAAUUCAACAGAUAAAUUUUAUUCGCAGAGGUGGAUUUCAAAUAACUAUUUCCAAAUUAAUACUACCUCCGCCCCCUAAGUUUGGGACAAGAAAAGGUGACACGGCUAUUAAUAAAAGUGAGUUUAUGUGGUAGAUAUUUAAUUGAUAAAGUAAGAAUAAAGUAGGAAUGAUUUAGAACCACACAAAGUUUACCAAAUAAAGUAUGAGACAAUCUUAGUGGGACGGACCGAAAUGGUAAAAUGGGACAAUCAUAGCGGGACGGAGGGAGUAUUUAAUUAUGAAGUUCAGAGAGCCUAUGGCGAGAAGCAAGAGUCCCUCUCUUUUGAGAAACAGCCACAAAUUCCACUUAUUCAGGCAUAUUUUGAUGCGUCGGACAACUUUGACUAUUCCGACGACUCUUUCUUCUCAGACGAUUUUCUAGGACACGCAACCGAAAGUGAUCGUCAUCUUCCAAUAUCAAAUCAGGAAGAGAUUGGGAACUCGAAAUUCAACAGAACAAUUUGCCGUAAAUCAAAGUUCGUCACCUAUGAAAAUUGUCUGCCAACAGACAAUCUGAACACCCAACUAAAAUUUUACCGGAAAUCUCAACAAAACAAAAGGCGACAUAGCAUGAGGACUAGAUCGCAAUCCAGAAAUUUCCCUUGGGUUUAGUUUUUUUUUCUUUUUUUCUCUUUUACUCGUGUAUUUUCUUUUAUGUUUUUUUUUUUUACUUUUUAUUCGGCUUCUUGCAUUGUACUUUUUAUUGUUAUGAAUAAAAUCAUCUUUUCUUCAAAAAAAAAAAGGUGGAUUUUAAAUUUCUCAAAGAUGAAGAGUAGGCCUAAUGACCAAUUUCUUUACGAAGAAUCAUUAAUUCCUAAAUACUUCUGGUUUAGAGGGAUUCAUUUCAGAGCCGUGAACAACAACAACACAUCAUUUCAGAGCCGUGAACAACAACAACAUCAUUUCAGAGUUGUGAAAUGGAUUAAAUUCGGGGUCGGCUAACAAUUCAUUUCAGAGCUGUGAAAUGGAUUAAAUUGAACAAUCAAUUAAAGCUUAAUGUUGACGUGUCUUUCUUACCCGGCAGAGCCUCCGGCGGUGCUAUCUUGAGAGACUAAAAGGGACAAAUGAUGUCUGCUACAUCUUUCCUCUUCCAAGCGAGAUCCAGUGAUGAGGCAGAACUUAUUGCGACAAAAGCGACGAAGUGAAUUAUUGAAGCAGGAUUCAACAAUUUCCAAGUUGAAUGAAACAGAUGACCUGAGUAUAAUCUCUAAUAUCCGAAGAUGCAAAUUAUCAUUACUAGAGACGGGCUUACUAUAGGAC